AUGCCCGAGACGUGUUCUGCCCAAGAAGCUGCCGCGACGGAUGGGGCCUCUCGGGUCUCAAAAUUAUGGAGGGGGAGUUCCUUCGACACCUUCGACAUCGCCCUCCCGCUCCCCCUUAUUCGUCAUUCUGGUCCCUGUCCUGUGCCUGUCCCUGUCUCACGUCUCACGUCUCACGUUCCCACAUCACAUAUCACCGCCGCUCGUCUCAUCGGCCACAGGAGCAUCAACGGCAAGUAUCAGACCAAGCUCAAGCUCGACGAGUUCCCCGUCAUCGGUCACCAGACGACGCACUCCAUCGACACCUUCAUUACCGACUCUGCCAACUCUGCUUCGGCCUUGUACAGCGGGCACAAGAGCACGGUCAACGCCAUGGGGGGCCUCGGCAUCUUUUCCCGGAGCAACCUGCCCACCUGGCUUGACCGCAACGUCUACACCGAGAACCUCCGGGGCCUCUCCAACGACCCGGCGGGCUUCGGCGCGCACCCGGACAUCCGCGAGGACUUCCAGGUCAGGGAGAAUGCCGCGCGCGUGCCGGCGGUCCGCGGACCGGGCGACUACGGCCACGUGGCUAACCCGGGCCAGGCGGUCGACGGGUUCGUCACCAACGGCACCAUCCCGACCAGCGAGUCCCAGGGCGUCCAUUCCCUGACGGACGUCAUGGUCUACGCGAUGGGACCGUGCCAGGAGAUCUUCGGGGGCACGUACGACAACACGGAUGUGUUUUAUGAGAUGGCUACCUGCUUUGGUCUCGGUCAGCCCAAGAAUGCCACGCCCGUUGUGGCACUGGGUGUUGUGAGACUCGACCAAUCUGAUCCCCUGUAA